GAGCAGUGAGAAUCGUCUUUGCUUUCAUCAUUGUCUUUGAUAAAAUGGUACACUCGUGUUGUGUGAAAGGCUGCCAUACUAAAUCACACAACAAAAAUGGCAGCAAAGUGACCACCACGUAAGAUUUUUUCGUUUCCCCACUUGGAAAAGAGGUUAUGGACGGCAGGUUGAGGAACUAACGAAGAGGCGUCGGAUGACCUGGCCUGGGUCGCAGCGGUGAGACGGAAGGGUGACUUCAUGCGUGUUUGCUCUCGGCAUUUUCAUAAAGGUGAACCAGCUUAUGAAAUGAUGGAGACUGACCCAGACUGGGCAUCAUCCCUACAUCUGGGACACACAUGUGUUACACCGACAAACACUGCACGCUCUGCAAGACGAAGUAAGCGUGAGCAGUUACGGAAAGAGACAUUGCAAACACCAGAGAUGGGGGUCCAGCAGGAUGCAAACAUUGAAGAGCUGCAGACCAAGAAGGGACCAUCUGAACCUGGUGAAAUAAACAGUCACCAACAGAAUGAGGAGGGGACACCUGAUGCUGAAGAAGAAAGUGGUCAGCUACAGACUGAAGAGGGGACACAUGAAGCUGGAGAAGAAGAUGUCAAUGAAGUUCCUCUUCGUGCAGGGCAGGAGAAGCCGCGUCCCUGCCAGAUUAAAGAGGAAAAGGAACUGGAGACCGCCAGCGUUGAAGAGGAAGAAGAACAAGAGCUCCACAUUAAGGAGCAGGAGGAGUAGCCAGAGCCCGUUACAUUGAGGCUAAGAUGAGAUGUCAUCCUUAAUAAAAUGCAAGUCCUAAUUCAUCAGUGUUAAGAAAGCACAUUUUCUACGCAAACUAUUUUAAAGUUCACUCUUGUAGAAUAGAAUAGAAUAGAAUAGAAUAGAAUAGAAUAGAAUAGAAUAGAAUAGAAUAGAAUAGAAUAGAAAGCUGUCAUUGUCCUCGUAUAAAGUACAACGAGAUUUAUAAUGUAACUAUGAAAAUUAGAGAUGCCGAUCACGUCAUUUUUAAAGUAUCGGAAUCGGCAAAAAAAUAUCGGCCAUGCCUUUUUUUAGUAUAUAUAUAUACAGUGAUACCUCAGCUCACGAACGCUUAAGCUCACGAACUUUUCGCCUCAAGAACAUUAAAUUCGCGAGCAUAUAGUCUCUGCUGACGAACUAGUUUUCGGCGGACGAACCAAUUCACGCGGUCGAAAAGCGCCACGAGAAGCUGACGCACGCUCACGGCGUCCCAGUUCGUCCCCUCACUUUCGUUGAGUACGGACGUGGUUUGUGUUUGAUAGACAUUUUGGACCAUAUUGAGUGUACUUUUGCUAUUAUGGGACCGAAAAAGUUACCUACAGUCCUUAUGGAAGGUGACUCGUGUUACCAAUUCGCCCUCGACUGGUAAUUGGCGGUGCUUUCAGCUUCCCACCGUAGUGAGAAGUGGACCGGCGAGUCACGUUGGCUCGUUGUCGUCGGUUGUCUUCGGUUCGCCCGAUUUCCUCUCCAGAAAGGAGGCGGCGUGCAUACAAACACCCAGAGGCGUCGGAUGGCUUUUAUUAACAACCAAAAGCAUGUGGGGGGCACAGCAGUGGAGUCUACGCUAACUGCGCACUUUGCCGGUAACUCUCCUUCCAAACAGUAACUCCCUCCCUCCCUCCUCCUCCCACUCCAUUCCAUCAAGCCAUCAACUACCAUCACAAAGGUAAAUAAAACGACUUUAUUAUACAGUACAGUUUAUUUCUUUAAUUAUAAUACAAUAGCACAUUUAUUAUACAUAAAAUAAGGUAUAUUUUUGUGUAGUUUUAAGGCUUAUUUAGUAGAAAAUUAUGUUUUAUGGGGACCUGGGAACGGAUUAUUCUCAUUUUAAUGGUUUCUUAUGGGAAAUAAAUGUUCGGAAGACGAACUUUUCGCCUUACACACACUUUCUGGGAACCAAUUAUGUUCGUGAGCUGAGGUAUCACUGUAUAUAUUUUAAUUAAAUCGUUUUUUGUAAUUGUAUUUAACGUUACAGACAUAAUAUGUUACACUCAUCCAGAGUCUUUAGUUUAGGCUUACGGUAGGGUUAUCAAAAAUAUCCCGAUAACGGCGGCAAUUAAUUUAUUAAAAAAUGUGUCACGUUAAAAUAAUUAACGCAAUUAAUGUAUGCGCUGCACGACCUUCUCACUCAUUGUCACGCUCAAUCUGUAAUGACGCCGUUUUACCUAUAUAGAGAAAAAUAAGGCAGCGCUAAAUGAGUUGAAUGAAUUUUGGCAGCCUUUGGAGCCUUUCUUCAAUUGGCUAAAGCCUUGCAAUUCCUCUCCCUAUGAUUAGAAAUAUCAUGGGAAACAAUGUGGGGAAGCAAGGUGACAGUUGAUCUUUGUCUUAACACCUUAAGUUAUUUCCCAAAGCAGAGAAAAUAUAUCCAUUGGUAGCACGACGCGCAGUCAUGGUUCCACUUCCCAUCAUGCAUUGGGGCAUGGCUGCAGUAUCAUUUACUGAAAGCUCAACAAAUACACUAGAUGGCAAUGUUUAGUCACAAUAUACAAAGUCAAAGUCUUUCUAUCCGUGGAUCCCUCUCACAGAAAGAAUGUUAAUAAUGUAAAUGCCGUCUUGAGGAUUUAUUGUCAUAAUAAACAAAUACAGUACUUAUGUACUGUAUGUUGAAUGUAUAUAUUCGUCCGAGUUUUAUUCAUUUUUUUCUUAAUGCAUUGCCAAAAUGUAUAUGAUUGGGAAAAAUUAUCGGGAAUGAUUGGAAUUGAAUCGGGAGCAAAAAAAAGCAAUCGG